AUGAGUGACCUCCCUUCCAUUUUCUCCGAAGCACUGAAGAAGCACGAUGAAGUUACCAAUUUUAUUGGCUCCCAUUCCAGUCCAAAGUUUGAGAGCAUUGUUAAGGAAGCCUGCAAAUUGUGCGAACGAUGUAUAUCAAUGGUAAAUGACCUCGAAUUGUUCAGUAAAAAUGAGACGAUGGAUGAUCUAACUUCAACUGAAAUACGUUACCUCGUCCUACCAUCAGUGUAUGGGUAUUUUCUAAGCCAAAGAAAUGAUGAUCGAUUAAACAACAUCCGAAUAGCUAUCUAUCUAUACAAAGAGUUUUUCCAACUUUGUGCCUCGUAUGAUGUCUACAAGCAGAAAAGCGGAGCGCUCUCUACUGAUACUGAUUUGACUUCUGCCAUGGCUUCCAGAACUGCCAAAAUUCAGCGCUACAAGGAGAGGAAGGUGCUCGAAGAGAGACUUGCCUCUCUCGCUGAUUCCGUAGAUCAACCACAUGUUGACGAAGACGUCAAGCGGGAAUACAAUCUUUUGUUCGUCCGCCACUGGGCUUCUUUGGCAGAGGAUCAGCUACAAACUCUGGUGCAAGAAGAGCGGUUGUUGUCGGUUGGUCCAGAACAGCUGGAAGAGACGAGAAAAUCACCACCCCCUAGCUCUUUGAGGCCGUUCAUCCUAACCCGCAGCGCAAUGCAAGCUGCAGUGUUCGGUGCAGGUUAUCCCAGUGUACCUACAAUGACCGUGGACGCAUUUUAUGAUUACCAAAUUCGACGAGGCUUCCUGCCCCCUCCGGAACGAACCAACAGAUCUGGGAACCUUUCACCCUCCGUUGUGCGCAUCGAUCCAUCAGAAGCUGAACUGGCGGCCGCGGAGGAAAAGGCAGCCAGAGCUGAUGAACAAGAGGACGCAGACGACCCAUCACAAUUAGCGAAGGCUCGAAAUUGGGAUGAAUUCAAAGAUGAGCAUCGCAGAGGCAGUGGCAAUCGUAUAAAUCGUGCUUGA